GAAUAGUUUUGUUCUUAUUUGCUGCUCUGCUUCUUUCCAUGUGUGGAACCAGUGAGAUCAGAUAUCACAGUGCUGCCAAGGGUGGAAGAUUCAUUGAGCUUAAUUGCUUUUGUUUUUUAAUUGAGUGGUAUAAACAGAAAAGCUACUAACAAAGUUGUGAUAACAAACCAUUUUGAAUGUAGAGGGUUGUUGUUUGGGUUUUUUUAAGACCUGAAAAAGGAGGGAGACUGAAUAAUGUUUUUCUUAACUUCUCUUACAGAAUGCAUAUCUUCUUUCAAAGUUUUGUCAUAAACUGGUUAACACAAGUAUCUGGUUUAGUGCAGGUUUUCCAAGAGUCUUGCACCUUGGUGUGCUGCUGGCAUGAUUUCCUGCUAACAUGGAAAGAGAUAAGGGGAUAGGGAUGGAAACCUGUGCAUGGCUGGAAUAACAGAACUAGAGAACAUGAGGAAUGGAAAAUUUCAGUGUAAAGCAGCUGCUGUUUAGGGUAUUGAAACAGACAUGAUAAGUUUAACUCUUUAGUACCUCUUUAUGAUUUAUCUUGAGAUGUUACAAUUGACAUCAAAUAAACCAUGAAGAAAACUAUGUAUCCUAUUCCCCUGUUCACACCCUAAAAAAAACAGGGCAGGUGCAGGUCUUACUACAACUUCUGUAUUUUUGCUUGCCAUUGACUAUUUCUUCUGCUGCCAUUGUUUGAGGCAUUGUAGUAUUAUUAUUUCAUUUUAGACAGCUUUUUCUAGGUGUCUGGUGACUACUUUCCCCCACAAGAAUUACUUUUUAACUAUAUAAGGUCUACCAUCUUGUCUAUCCGGCAAAUGUGCUCUGGAUAAAAGUAUUUCAAAUGCAGUUUCCCCAGGUGUUUGUUCCCUGGGGAGCAAAAGAGGUCCUGUCAUCCAUUUCAUUCUCAUCUGUUUAGUCCUAAUUAUUUUUUCUCAUAAAAUGCAGACUACAAAAGAGAGAGCAAUAAAACUGAUAAUGUAUUUAAUGUUGCACAUUAACUGCUCAGGUACAAUUUAUUUUUUUUUUAAUACAGACUUUGAGUCUGUUAGCAUUGCUGACUAACAUUGUGUGACUUGAGAAGAAUAAAGGUCACAGGGUGGUUUUUGUUAUUCUCUGUACUCUUCUAGUGAAACUUGCCCUAGUUGCAAAUGUUUUGAUGUCUUUUCCUGUCACCUUUUAAAUAAACUUUAAGAAUUAUUUCAAGUAUUAAUAUUGAAUUGCAAGUUCUAAUGGUACUGCAUGGCACAAUAAGUAAUGAUGAACUAUUUGCAAGUCAUUAAACAGAGAACAAGUGUGUUUGGAAAGCUCUUGCGUGCAUUUUCCUACUUAGUUCACCUAGAUCUCAUUUACCAGAAUAAUUGUGUUUAUGAUUUCUGGAAUUUAUAGUCCUUAAUUAUUGAUUGCUGACUUGAACUCAGGUUGAUAACAGGUUAAUUACUAAGAAGGGCACAGGUUCCUGCCCAGAUUUUCUGGGUUGUGAAGAUUUUUCUGUCGAGUGGUUAUAGAAAUACCUUAGACUGAGAUCAGCAAAACUGUAGACUCUUGAAGAGGAGUUAAUUAUAAAUGAAAAGGUUGUGUUGACGUGCUUUAGAGGAGGUCUUUUGUCUGCUUGCUAUUUUAGAAUUUAAAAACCUCCCUUAGAUAAUUUCGUAGUGCUUAAUCUUAGUGUCAUGAUAUUACAGGUGCAAAAUCCAGUCAGAGAGACAAGCUACAGAAGGCUGUUUAUGUUUCAUGAGGUAUCUUUGCUGCACUAGAGGUUUAAAAUGUCAUUAUGUUCAGAGCUACAUGCCUUUUUCCUCUUUUUUUUAGGCAGAGAAAAUAGAAUAGACCACAUGAAGAAACAUGUGCAGUUUAUUUUUCUGCAAGAUGUUCUUCGGAGGACCAAGUACACUUUUUCAGGCCACGGGAGAUGAAGGACUAAUCACAUGAUAUUUUUGUUUUGCCGAAGCGCUGCUCUGUGCUGAGUCCACCUUGGUUUGUGUCACGGACAAGUAUUCGAUUCCUGAUGUCAGCAUGUCGACUGUGGCAAGUGCCCAGACACCUGAGGAACCUCAUCCUCCCUCCCUUGAGGAAAAGCCAAAGGGAAAAUCACUAUUUCAUUUGGGUUCACUCUUUGCUAACAGGACUGAAAAAUUUGUCAUUGCUCGCAGUGACAGCGUGCCAGAGGAGAACGUGCUGAAAAUCACUAUCACAGAGACCACGGUCAUCGAGUCGGACCUGGGCAUCUGGAACUCACAUGCUCUCAUCUACCUCACUUUGUGGUUUUUCUUCAGCUUUUGCACUCUUUUUCUGAAUAAAUACAUUCUUUCAUUACUGGAAGGAGAGCCCAGCAUGCUAGGUGCUGUUCAAAUGCUUUCAACCACCUUCAUUGGCUGUAUAAAAAUGUUUGUUCCAUGCUGCUUGUAUCAACACAAAACACGCAUCUCUUAUCCUCCCAAUUUCAUCAUGAUAAUGCUGUUUGUUGGAUUAAUGAGAUUUGCAACUGUAGUUUUGGGUCUUGUCAGCUUGAAAAAUGUGGCAGUUUCAUUUGCAGAAACUGUGAAAAGCUCGGCACCUAUUUUUACUGUUAUCAUGUCUCGGAUGAUAUUAGGGGAAUACACUGGAUUGCUGGUUAAUCUCUCCCUAAUCCCUGUGAUGGGUGGACUAGCUCUUUGUACAGCUACUGAAAUUAGUUUCAACAUUCUAGGCUUCUCGGCAGCUUUAUCUACUAACAUCAUGGACUGUUUGCAAAAUGUCUUUUCCAAAAAACUACUCAGUGGAGAUAAAUACAGAUUUUCAGCUCCAGAGCUUCAGUUCUACACAAGUGCAGCUGCAAUGGUUAUGCUUAUUCCAGCUUGGAUAUUUUUCAUGGAUGUGCCUGUGAUUGGGAAAAGUGGGAGGAGCUUCAGCUACAACCAAGACAUUGUCAUACUUCUCUUAAUAGAUGGAGUCUUGUUCCACCUACAAAGUGUUACAGCCUAUGCCCUGAUGGGAAAAAUUUCUCCUGUGACUUUCAGUGUUGCUAGUACUGUGAAGCACGCGCUGUCGAUCUGGCUCAGUAUUAUUGUGUUUGGUAACAAAAUCACAAGCCUCUCAGCCAUUGGGACUGUUCUGGUGACAAUUGGAGUUCUACUCUAUAACAAGGCAAAGCAGCACCAGCAAGAGACUCUACACAGCCUGGCAGCUGCAGCCCCCCAGCCUGCAGCCAGUGCCGCUGAAGAUACUGAGCCUCUCAUUUCCAAGGAUUUGGAGCCAUAUGAUUGAUGUGGCCAUUUAUUCUUCCAGCCUGGUGCAACUUGAAGGAACUCUUCCUGGAAUUGGUUGUUUCUUCAACUAUUGAUGCUGAUCUGGUUCCUUUGAGUUCAUGGCAGGUCAAGCCUGGGACUUGAAGCAGAGAGAAAAACAACAGGAAGAAUGAAUCCAGUAAGCCUUGAUUUACUAAGAAACUGAUAAACCAGAGAACCUAGUGUCACAUACUGUGGUAAACGUGGGCUUUAUUGUCUUUCCUUGACUGCAAAUAAUAUACAAGACUAUAUUAGAGAGAGAACUUGAGUGUCUUGUGGCAAAAUGAUUCCUUUCUCCCUGCCCAUCAAAAUAAUGUGAAAACACAGACCCACCACUGGUCUCUCCUUACUUGCAGUGGAAUGAAAUUGGUGCAAAGACCAAAUUCUAGUUGUUUGUUGCUCCACACUUACUGCAUCCUCCACCUUUUGUGUGUGCUGUAGAUCUGGAAGAACCCCCUCCUCUCCCAACAAAUGACUCAUUUUGGUGUAUGUUUAGUUAAAGUAAACUAUGGAAAUGAUUCCAUGGCCCAAAGCAGUGAUGAGCAGCUCCUCCUGACUACAAAGCUAGGAUUGAAAAGUGAGUUUUCCUACUAAAAUUUGACAUGGAAAAUAUUGCAUCCUGGUUGUGUAUUGACAACACUGAAAGGCAAGUAUACACACACCUGUACACUGUAUAAAUUAAGUGUUUUACCUCCUAAGAGGUAAAAGACACUGAAACACUUUGGUGAUAAAAGAAGCAGCAGGAUAUCUAUAUUUCUAUAAGAAACCAUUUUAGUAUUUUAAUUUAGUGCAUUUUAUUUUAUGUUUCUGUUAUGAGGAAAUAAAAUGAUUUUAAAAAAUAUUUCUAAGAAUGCAACAAAAUACUGCCUUUUAGAAACUCAGGGUUAUAAUUCUAACCUAGGUGCAAAGUAUUUCUAUAAUUUCUAAUUAUGUAAAGAAUCUCAGAGGUAUCUGUGACAGAGAAGGAAGGGAGGGCACUAAAGGGAGAAAUAUUAACCCAAAACUGAGGCUAAUCUUUAUUUUUACUGCUUUUAUGAAGUUUAUGGUUUCAGGGAAGUUCUGUUUUGUGGUUUAUCAAAGAUUAAAAGUUAACUUUCAACAUUUAAAAAUAUUAGUAAUUAGUUUUGGCAAAAAAAAAAGCACAUGUAGCUAUAAAAACAUUCAGACUUUUUGGUAGCAAAAUGAUCAAAAUGAGCUGAUUUUAAUAAUUGCCAUUGGGCGACUGGAUGAAUUGAUCUUUCUGGUAAAAAUAAUUUCUGAUAGGAAGUGACCAGUGGAGAUCCUGCAGAAUUUAAGCUCGUAUGUACAUUUCAUGAGGUGUUCUGUUAGCUUGGUGUUCUGAGGUGUUCUGUUAGCAUUCCUGCAGAGAGCAGAAAUGUUUGUUCCAAGAGAGGCUCCUUUCUGUUCAAAUACCUCCUGCUGGUUUUGUCCUGUGCUUCCAUGGGCUUCCUUCCCAGAGGUGACUGGUUGUCUGGGCCAACUUCCCUGAAGAUUUGACUGGGAGAGAAAUGUAUAUAUGAUGUCUGUGGUUUUCUGUUUCUUUGUAUUCCUGUCACUUUUAAAAGAAGCUGUGGACUAUGGGCUGGA